AUGGCGGACGAAAUCCAUGAGACCACCUCCAAACUUCUUAUUUUCACUGCCCCAAAUUUAUGCUUUGAUUGCAUUCAGAAAACGUCAAUAGAUGAACAGAAAGGUAAGUUUUUCUAUUUCUACCUUUGGCCUAGUGCUAACUUAAAAUUCCUCUUCCAUUCCUCUUUUCGGCUGAUAAUUUUCUGUGCUUAUUUUUGGCCUAUUUUUCAAUGGAGCUACGCAAUUAUUUGAUGGAGUUUUUGUCACUGUUGUUGAUAUUGAAGGUGACAUUUGUUUCCCUUUGCGCCUCACAGAGGUUCGAGUAAAUUCUAGCGAUUGCUGGAAGCAGAAAACCUUUAGUUUCAACGAAAACUCAAACGUGGUCUGCGAUCGCAAGGUCCACAACAAUGGUAACGAUGUCGAACUCACUGACGAGAGUGACGUUACGAUCGAGUAUGACCCACUGGCGAUACAGGAAUCGGUUUGUUUCUACCUUGAGAGUGAAUUUAAGAAUGGUGAAAACAUUAGCUCCUCCUCGCCUUCUCAGCCGUGUGGAUCUGACGCAGAAUUUCACAUACCUGAUGACGAACAUGCCUCUUCAAACAGCGAUGCUCUUCAGAAAGAAUUCGAAGAUAUACGAUCUGCUAGUCAAAAGCUACUUGUCAGUGACAAAGCUGAAAGUUGCAGCAGUUCAAGUGGAGAUAUUGAUCGUGAUAGCAGAGGGCUGAAGAGGAAGGCUGAAGAAUAUCAGAAUCUUGAUCACAUUGAUACACAUCAACUGACAAUGGAAGAUAUUUAUACUCAGGACAAGUACCUUUCUUCAAGUGAUAGCUGCAGUCCAGCUAAAAGAGAAGCCAGAAUGCGAAGUCCCAUAUCGAUCAGCUGUCGAGGGAGUUUAAAUGGUUCAUUUCAAAAUGACAAUAACUCUCACGAGCAUGACUCUUCUCCUUGUGUACUGAUGGUACCCAGAAUCAGUGAGAACCUCACUUUGCUGAGAGACUGUACUGAGGAGAAUUCUAUCGUAAACAUGCUCUUUAUUGUUACCCAAGUGAAUGACAUUCGUGAUGUUCAAGUCAAAUCAGGUGUGAGUGCUGGCAACUUUGUCGCUCUGUCUUCACUGGUUAUUGCUGAUGAUUCCAAAUCUUGUUUUAAGCUUACGUUAUGGAGAGAGGCGUCCAGAUGGACUGAGAAAAUAAAUCCAGGUGAUUUUGCUGUGGCAACUGCUAUCAAGAUUGGGAAAUGGCGCGAUGAAUAUGUUGGAAAAACAACUUUCAAUUCGGGAUUUUACAACCUUCAUCAGCCUAAAGCAACCCUCUCAAAAGGUUGUUUAAACUUGGUUUCACAAGUACGGCUUAAUUCCCUUGUGACGUGGGUUAGAUCAGAGCAUUCAUACCUUCUCACUGGGGGCCAUUUAAAGAAAAAUGUUGAAUUUACAGAAAUUACUCAUCUUCACAAUAAUACUUUGGUCCACUUUAGAGGCAAACUGAUCAGUGUCCACAGGGCUUCGUCGUCAUCAAACACCUAUCAUUUUGGUGUGCAACAGCUGACCAAGAUAUCGACAGGUAAGCAGUGGUAGUCUGCAAGAUAUUUAUGUCAAUAAGGACUACUGUUAGUAAAAGGUACAUCUUGCCAACGGGUCUUUUUGUUUUGUUUUGUUUUGUUUUGUAGCGUUGUUAAUAGAGCGUCUGACUGUGGGUGAGAGAAGUGAGUGUUUGUGCCUACCCUCAAAAAAUUGUUUCUUUGCAAGCACCGGCCAGCGAGUUGCGAGCAGAAUUUUAUUAGUGCGCGGACAUAACCUCUUUUUCGUCGAACGAGCGCGGGCCUGUGUUGAACGAAAUUCGUGUUUGUGUGUGUGUUAUUUUCUUGUUUGUGUAUUUGUGUAUUGUUGUUGUUUGUUUGUUUGUUUACUUCCUUAUAAAUUUCUUUGUAGCUUCAAGACCUUGAUAACCAAUGUUUUUUAGCAUAACCAAACUACCAUGUACUUCUGUAAAUCAUUAAGUCAAAUAUAUUUUAUACUUUUUUCGUCUGUUUUGUUUCCCAGUUCUAUCUGACCGCCCAAGCGAGGAAGUAGAGCUGUUUUUGUGGGGAAGACAGGCUGCGUGGGAAAACCAACUGCGAGAAGGAUUUGGGCAAAUCUGGGAAUUCCAGUUCCUUACCGCUAAGUUCAACAGUGACAGUGGCCGCAUCACGCUACACUCAACGCCCCGGUCAACAAUGUACAAAUUGAAUCCGCAAGACAAAAAUGCCCAAUGUAUCAUGUCACGAUUUAACGGAGGCGUCACGGAAAUAACUAAAUUCGCAAACAUACGAGAUCUGCUUGAGUCAAAAUACACUGGCCUUGCUGAAUUUGAAGCUAAGAUUUCAUCUGUUCGUUUUCACAGUGCAAAUGAGGUCAUCGUUGUGGACAAAACCGAAUCCGCAAGCACUAAACUGUGCAAUAAGCUCGACAAAAUAGUGUAUAUUGGCUGCGGGUCUUGCUCGCGUGUUCUUCCGCAAGAUCAGAACAGCGUUUACGGUCAGUGUUCGCAUUGCGUUGUCACUGAUCCUAACUAUAAAUACACGGUAGGCCAUUAUUACAAACCGUUGACCUUUUGCCUAAGUGACGGUCAUAUGUCUGUCGAAGUAGACGCGCUUAACAGCGUCACAACCGGUCUCUUUGGAGAUUUUCCUGCCAAGACCUUGUGGCAAAGAACAGCAAAUGCGUCGUUACGUGAUAACAGUUAUUUAGAUGGUUUCCUUGAGUGUGUUGGUGCCUUGCUCAAGGGGAAUAUUUACAAAUCGAUUGUGGCGUGCCGUAUAGAGCUUGACGAAAACAGCUUUGUCGAAAACAGAUAUUUCACUCUUCGGGAAAUCCAUUCCUUGUGAGUAUUUUCACGAAAUUAUUGAAAUUCGUGAUGUACUUGGGAAUUCUUUGGCAACUUACCUGACUUUUUUUUUCACGCUUAUGCUGCACAAAAAAGGCCUGUGUGAACGAAUGAAACUUCUGUUUUCGACAAAUCUGUUUUGGAGAUCUCGCUAUGACUUUGUAGGAAAGAACAGAAAAUGCGUCGUAAUAUGUAUGUAGAUAAUUUCCUUGAGCGUUGGUGUUAAUGUCAAGGGGAAUUUUGUCAAAGUCUCGAUUAUUUCGCGGCUCAGAAUAGAGAGUCUUUUAUUUCUCAUUCUUGCCGUAACCUACAUUAUGCUUCACCUUUCGCAGUUCACGUGUCUCAUAACGCAAUUUUUUGUUUACAGAAACAACUUCAAUAAAUCCCUGAUAUCAUGAUUUUACCUUUAAAUUAUUGUUCAGUCAUUUGGAAGACAAAAAAAAUGCGGGGAAAAAAAACAGUGACUCAGUGGCUUUGGAAAGUUAUCGAAC